CGGCCGGGGGGAGGGCGGGCGGCGGCGGCCCGCUGUAUAUAUCUCCGCGCACCCCGCCAGGUCGCGCACAGCGCCCCGAGCCCAGGCACUUCCCCGCCCCCUCCUCGCGCUCCGCGGCGGCGGCGGCAGCAGUAGCGGCAAUAUGGCUGUUGAUGGGUGUUCGGGGUGGCGCUGGCGGCGGGAGGAGCUCCCCCGAGCCCCUGCGCCGGCUGCCCGUUGCUAGCUAUGGCAAAUGGUGGCGGCGGCGGCGGCGGCAGCAGCAGCGGCGGCGGCGGCGGCGGCGGCGGAGGCAGCAGUCUUAGAAUGAGUAGCAAUAUCCACGCGAACCAUCUCAGCCUAGACGCGUCCUCCUCCUCCUCUUCCUCCUCUUCUUCUUCCUCCUCCUCCUCUUCCUCCUCGUCCUCGGUCCACGAGCCCAAGAUGGAUGCGCUCAUCAUCCCGGUGACCAUGGAGGUGCCGUGCGACAGCCGGGGCCAACGCAUGUGGUGGGCUUUCCUGGCCUCCUCCAUGGUGACUUUCUUCGGGGGCCUCUUCAUCAUCCUGCUCUGGCGGACGCUCAAGUACCUGUGGACCGUUUGCUGCCACUGCGGGGGCAAGACGAAGGAGGCCCAGAAGAUUAACAAUGGCGCAAGCCAGGCGGAUGGCACUCUCAAGCCAGUGGACGAAAAGGAGGAGGUGGUGGCAGCCGAGGUCGGCUGGAUGACCUCCGUGAAAGACUGGGCAGGGGUGAUGAUAUCUGCCCAGACACUGACCGGCAGAGUCCUGGUUGUCUUAGUCUUUGCUCUCAGCAUUGGUGCACUUGUAAUAUACUUCAUAGAUUCGUCAAACCCAAUAGAAUCCUGCCAGAAUUUCUACAAAGAUUUCACAUUACAGAUCGACAUGGCUUUCAACGUGUUCUUCCUUCUCUACUUUGGCUUGCGGUUCAUUGCAGCCAACGAUAAGCUGUGGUUCUGGCUGGAAGUGAACUCUGUAGUAGAUUUCUUCACGGUCCCUCCCGUAUUUGUGUCUGUGUACUUAAACAGAAGUUGGCUUGGUUUGAGGUUUUUAAGAGCUCUCAGACUGAUCCAGUUUUCAGAAAUUUUGCAGUUUCUGAAUAUCCUGAAAACAAGUAAUUCCAUCAAGCUGGUGAAUCUGCUCUCCAUAUUUAUCAGCACAUGGCUGACAGCAGCCGGGUUCAUCCAUUUGGUGGAGAAUUCAGGGGACCCAUGGGAAAAUUUCCAAAACAACCAGGCUCUCACCUACUGGGAAUGUGUCUACUUGCUCAUGGUGACCAUGUCCACUGUGGGUUAUGGAGAUGUUUAUGCAAAAACCACACUCGGGCGCCUCUUCAUGGUCUUCUUCAUCCUCGGGGGACUGGCCAUGUUUGCCAGCUACGUCCCUGAAAUCAUAGAGUUAAUAGGAAACCGCAAGAAAUACGGGGGCUCCUAUAGUGCGGUUAGUGGAAGAAAGCACAUUGUGGUCUGUGGACACAUCACUCUGGAGAGCGUUUCCAACUUCCUAAAGGACUUUCUUCACAAGGACCGGGACGACGUCAACGUGGAGAUCGUCUUUCUUCACAACAUUUCCCCUAACCUGGAGCUUGAAGCUCUGUUCAAACGACAUUUUACUCAGGUGGAAUUUUAUCAGGGUUCAGUCCUUAAUCCACAUGAUCUUGCAAGAGUCAAGAUAGAGUCAGCAGAUGCCUGCCUAAUCCUUGCCAAUAAGUACUGCGCAGACCCUGAUGCUGAAGAUGCCUCCAACAUCAUGAGAGUCAUCUCCAUAAAGAACUACCAUCCCAAGAUAAGAAUCAUCACUCAGAUGCUGCAGUAUCACAACAAGGCCCAUCUGCUAAACAUCCCAAGCUGGAACUGGAAAGAGGGAGAUGAUGCAAUCUGCCUCGCCGAGCUGAAGCUGGGGUUCAUCGCCCAGAGCUGCCUGGCUCAAGGCCUCUCCACCAUGCUCGCCAACCUCUUCUCCAUGAGGUCAUUCAUAAAGAUUGAGGAAGACACGUGGCAGAAAUACUACUUGGAAGGAGUCUCAAAUGAAAUGUACACAGAAUAUCUCUCCAGUGCCUUCGUGGGUCUGUCCUUCCCUACUGUUUGUGAGCUGUGCUUUGUGAAGCUCAAGCUUCUCAUGAUAGCCAUUGAAUACAAGUCCGCCAACCGAGAGAGUCGAAGCCGAAAGCGUAUAUUAAUUAAUCCUGGAAACCAUCUUAAGAUCCAAGAAGGUACUUUAGGAUUUUUCAUCGCAAGUGAUGCCAAAGAAGUUAAAAGGGCAUUUUUUUACUGCAAGGCCUGUCAUGAUGACAUCACAGAUCCCAAAAGAAUAAAAAAAUGUGGCUGCAAACGGCCCAAGAUGUCCAUCUACAAAAGAAUGAGACGGGCAUGUUGUUCUGAUUGCGGACGUUCUGAGCGUGACUGCUCGUGCAUGUCAGGCCGUGUGCGUGGUAACGUGGACACCCUUGGGAGAGCCUUCCCACUUUCUCCUGUCUCUGUUAAUGAUUGCGCCACCAGUUUCCGUGCCUUUGAAGAUGAGCAGCCGUCAACACUGUCACCCAAAAAAAAGCAGCGGAACGGAGGCAUGCGGAAUUCGCCCAGCUCCUCGCCCAAGCUGAUGAGGCAUGACCCCUUGUUAAUCCCUGGCAAUGAUCAGAUUGACAACAUGGACUCCAACGUGAAGAAGUACGACUCUACGGGGAUGUUUCACUGGUGUGCACCCAAGGAGAUAGAGAAAGUCAUCCUGACGCGUAGCGAAGCCGCCAUGACCGUCCUGAGCGGCCAUGUGGUGGUCUGUAUCUUUGGCGACGUCAGCUCAGCCCUGAUUGGCCUCCGGAACCUGGUGAUGCCCCUGCGUGCCAGCAACUUUCAUUACCACGAGCUCAAGCACAUCGUGUUUGUGGGUUCCAUCGAGUACCUCAAGAGGGAAUGGGAGACGCUUCAUAACUUCCCCAAGGUGUCCAUAUUGCCGGGUACGCCAUUAAGUCGGGCUGAUUUAAGGGCCGUCAACAUCAACCUCUGUGACAUGUGCGUUAUCCUGUCAGCCAAUCAGAAUAAUAUUGAUGAUACUUCGCUGCAGGACAAGGAAUGCAUCUUGGCGUCACUCAACAUCAAAUCUAUGCAGUUUGAUGACAGCAUCGGGGUCUUGCAGGCUAAUUCCCAAGGAUUCACACCUCCAGGAAUGGACAGAUCCUCUCCAGAUAACAGCCCGGUGCACGGGAUGUUACGCCAGCCAUCCAUCACGACUGGAGUCAACAUCCCCAUCAUUACUGAACUAGCUAAACCUGGCAAGUUGCCUUUGGUAUCAGUCAAUCAGGAAAAAAACAGUGGGACGCACAUUCUAAUGAUAACUGAACUGGUGAAUGAUACUAAUGUCCAGUUUUUGGACCAAGAUGAUGACGAUGACCCGGACACAGAACUGUACCUCACGCAGCCCUUUGCAUGUGGGACAGCGUUUGCCGUCAGCGUCCUGGAUUCACUCAUGAGCGCGACAUACUUCAAUGACAACAUCCUUACCCUGAUACGGACCUUGGUGACCGGAGGAGCCACACCGGAGCUGGAGGCUCUGAUUGCCGAGGAGAAUGCGCUGCGCGGGGGCUACAGCACCCCCCAGACGCUGGCCAAUCGGGACCGCUGCCGCGUGGCCCAGUUAGCACUGCUGGAUGGGCCCUUUGCGGACCUGGGGGAUGGUGGUUGUUAUGGUGAUCUGUUCUGCAAAGCUCUGAAAACGUAUAAUAUGCUUUGUUUUGGAAUUUACCGGCUGAGAGAUGCUCACCUCAGCACGCCCAGCCAGUGCACAAAGAGGUAUGUCAUCACCAACCCCCCGUACGAGUUUGAGCUCGUGCCGACGGACCUGAUCUUCUGCUUAAUGCAGUUUGACCACAACGCCGGCCAGUCCCGGGCCAGCCUCUCCCAUUCCUCCCACUCGUCCCAGUCCUCCAGCAAGAAGAGCUCCUCUGUUCACUCUAUCCCAUCCACAGCCAACCGGCAGAACCGGCCCAAGUCCCGGGAGUCCCGCGACAAACAGAAUGCAACAAGGAUGAAUAGAAUGGGCCAAGCAGAAAAGAAAUGGUUUACAGAUGAACCGGAUAAUGCCUAUCCCAGAAACAUUCAAAUCAAGCCCAUGAGUACCCACAUGGCUAACCAGAUCAACCAAUAUAAAUCCACAAGCAGCUUGAUUCCACCAAUCAGAGAAGUUGAAGAUGAAUGUUGACUCCCAGGAGACCAGGACUAUUUUUUUAAAGCCUGACAAACUUCAUAAAUGGUGAUGUGACUUUUCUUCCUCUUACAUGCUGAAUCACUGGUGGAAACGUUAGGCGAAGCAAGAAUUGCAAGAAAAAUAAAGUAGACAGAUCUUUCUUUUUGUCUGCCUUGAAUAUUGCUUCCAUGUAUUUUGGAAAAGAAAAUGAUUUCAUUUAUAAAUGAACAUACUAAAAUAGUCAUGUAUAGCCUCUAGCAUUUUAAAUUAUUUUUAUUUAUUAGAAAGAAAAUAUAUUUUUUCUUUUUUUUUUUUCAUUGUCAAAUAUCUUCCCUAUAUCUAACAAUGCAAAAUCAAAAUGAGUAAGUGGCCAGACUCCUUAAUGCAUAUUUAUCUUCUUUCUCUCUUUUUCUUUGAGGAGAAUGAUGGUCACCACCACAGUUAAUCGUAAUCAAGGGAAAUGGAUUAUUUAAGCAAUUUUAAAAUGGUCCAAUAAUGUAAACAUGUAUUUUAAUAAAUUAAAAAAAAAGAAGACAAAAGGGGGCAGGUGAAUUUCCUGGAUGGGUGUGUAUUUUGGCUGCAUUGACACCAGCUCUUAAUAAAUGGAAAUGUAUUUAUUUUCACAGUUGAAAGUCAUAUUUUUGUGGUUUUAGUUUUUAUCCUGUAUUUCUCAUCCCUUUGUUCAUAUAUUUAAAGGGAAGACCUUCUUGCAGCUUUUCUACAAAUGCCAGAUCAGGUUUACCCUGCCAACUAACAAUACCAGAAAUGUGAGCGUGCCUGAAACAUGGAAGUUGAGGACCAGAUAUACACAAGACAUUUCUGUUUGUUGUUCCGAUGGUGGGGAUUCCUACAUGCUGCUAUGCUUCUCACUUCCUAUCUCCAAACCAACCAAACAAGUCAUUUCAACUUUGGAAAGGUCUGAUGUCGACCAGACCCACUCCCCAAGCCUAGGGCUGUUAACCUGCAAGUUUGUAAACACCAAUGAAUAGUUUUAAUUGCUGAUAGGAUAUGAUAACAUAUUCAUUCUAUUCACUGAGUUUUUGUGUAAAAGCCAGAAAACUUCCAUGAUCGAGGAAACGAUUUUAGCCCAGAUCUUAAUUUUGCAGGCUUUCCUUUAGUUGCUGGGACAAAAUACACAGCAACAUAAAAAAAUAAUCAGAAAAGGACAGUAAUGACUGCUCUUAAUACUGACUGUUAGAAAAGGCCUUUGAAAAUUACCAGCAAUGAAAUCAAAUGUAUUGGUCACUUCAAACUGUGGUCAAAAAGAUUUUUCUAGCCAUCCUACACAAUCCCGGUGUCUCCAAGCUCUGCUGUUGCUUGCAUGCUCAGUGUAAUGUCUUCCCAGCAACUGUUCCGUUCCAAAUGACUUUCAACUUCAAAAUUAUCAAUUUUUGAUAGAAUCAUCAGGGUCUCUGGAGAAGCAUGGAUGUGACAGUGUUUUUUUUUUUUCUCAAAAAUGUAAACUGUGGACACUUGAAGAAACUAAACUAACCAAAAUGUCCCCCAAAGUCCCAUGCUAUCUAUUCCAUUAGGCCAUGACCCUGUGGUACCUAGUAUGUUAGUGCAAAUCAGAUCAGAGCCAAGCAAUGAAAUCACCAUGAAAACAUAUGUCCACCAAGUACUCCAAUUACCAACAUAGGCAAAGUGAGCUACCACCUCUGCCCAGUCCUUGCAGAGCCAAUAUAGUCGUGUUUCCACCUUGUAGGUGCUGUCCUGAAGUGACUUGUCAGACCGUGGUUACCCUGUCGUCACAUUCUGUAGAAUUAGUUCUAUAAAAGUAUUGUGAAUAUAAUGUACGUCCAAUCGGAUUGUUGAAAAACUACUUAUAACCAAUCACUAGUCUAUUCAGCAGACUCAGAUAACGUCAGCAGUCUAUAUUCAGGCUUAUAAACAUUUCUUGGUUUCCAACAGAAGUGCAGUGGGUUUGUGGUGGCGCGAAUCCCUUGCUAAGAUUAUACAGCUUUCCUGAAAGCUAGGCCUUCUUCUACAUGAUGAUUUUGCAUUGGGUCACCUUAGUACAUUCUUAAUACAUCCAUCCACGCUCUUCUUUCCUUCAUGAACCCUGGUGGAUUCCCGAUAACUUGGUAACCAUUUCUGAAUUUGUCAUACUAUUUGGUCUCCUCUGGCAGGCAGGGGUGGCCCCCACCUAAAUGCUUUUCCAUUAGAAGACAUUAGGCCACAAUUCCUCAUGCCUGCUGCCCUCUCUGCCCCAUCUCUCCACACCAAGGCAGACUGGAAACAGAAGUACAAACCCCAUGCCCAUUAUGGCUAAUAUUUUAAUUUAAACUUAAAAAAAAUGGUUAAGAUAGUCUCCUAUAGCAAAGGGCUCACCUCAAUACAAAGUAAAACAAUAUAAAACAAACAAACAAAAUCUCCAACCAUUUGCCAGGAAUUCAUUUUCUUGUAAGGUAGAGCAAAGUCAUGCUGUUUUGCCUUUGUAAUAAUGAAUUGUUUGGGGCUGGCUAGAAAAUAAAAUCAGGCAUUUUUUAAAGGAAGUAUAUAAAAUGACUGUUUGGUAGCUCUUUUGGCAAAAACUGGUACCUGGUAAAUGGAAAGUGAAAUGAAAAGAGAAACAGGAUCGUGAGAUGAUAUAAGGGCUUAAGAGAAAGCAAGAGCUUCCUGAUUUGUUUCUAUUUGUUGACCUCUCCGAUCCUGGGGGAAUCUUCCCUUCACCCUAUUCUGACAGCCACUUCUUUCUGGCUGCAUUCAGCACAGACCAAUGACGUUAUCAUUGGUAAUCAUUGGUACAGUCCCUGUUAUAGGCUCUGAUGUCGCAUCCCAAUUUAGGAUUCCAGAAAAUCCAUUUUCCUAAAUUCAUAACUUUUGGAUGCUUUGGGAAUCAGACUCACCAACAGACCAUUUAAAAAGCAGAAAUAACGUCCUCAGAAAAGCAUCACCAUUAUAUUUCUCAUUAGGAAAACUUUUGCUGUUAUCUGAGCAAUUAUAUAUUUUAAAAUAUCCCCUUGAACCAAUAUAAGAUACUUUAAAUAAAAGUGAUUAUGACUAAGGAACGUUAGAGAGCAUCCAGAAGCUCUUUCCUUCCAAAGACUGAGACAUCUUAUGAUGUAUUUUGUACAGCAUUUAAUGGAGGACUCAAAAUAAACAGGGAAUUAGAACAGUUUGGUUAGGGUUGGGAAGGGGGAAAAUGAAGAAAACACAAGAACACUGGGGAUAGUUUCAUGUCAAAAAGUGAGAAUCCAACUUUCCUACUUAUGGCUUAAUAUGAGGGUUCACAAGCCACACAUGCAAAUAACUAGCUUUGAAAAUGUUCUUUAAACUCUGCGCAAUGACCUCAUCUGUAAAUGAAAGUGAUUCAUCUAGAUGACUAUAAGGUCCCCCUCAGAUCCAAGAGGACGUGAUCUAAGUUAAAAGUGGGAACAUUGAAACACGCCAAGCCCCUGGAGACAAUCUUGUCCUGUGUUAGAAUAAUGGUCCUCCUUGCAGCAUCAGCCAAGCAGUACUCCUGACGUUAGUGCUUUUUAUGCUCUGGGCACAGGGUAGUUCAAUUCACGCCUCUGUUUUACAUUUUGGAGUCUCCUUGAGUUCAGAAUGCAAAUUUCAAAAUUCAAAUGCACCUGAAUCGUGUUAAUCAGAUUUUUCAGUGUGUUCCUAGGGUUUUCUUUUCAGUCUCAUCCCUGCCUGCUUUUUUCCCCCCCUUUUUUUUUUAAUUGGUUCCAGGCUCAAUGUCCAUCCAUCCCUUUAUCUCUAACCUGUAUCUCCUAAUUCUAAUAUAUGGUUAGAUGUUCCCAGUCCCUGGAUUCCUGCAGUUUUCCUCAUUCCUACUUCCACAUGUAGAUCUGUAGGAAGUUACCAGUCUUCAUUCUCACUUCAUUUCCUGUCUUCUCUUUAUUUGAUUUUUUUUUCUUUUUUCUUUUUCUUUUUCUUUUUUGGCUGCUCCGAGUCAUGCGGAGUUCUUGGGCCAGUGAUCAGAUUGGAGCUUCAGUUGUGACUCAUGUUGCAUGCUGGAUCCUUAAGCCAUUGUGUGCAGGACUGGGGACUGAACCUGCAUCCUAGUGCCGCAGAGAAGCUGCCAAUCCCAUUGUGCAGCAGUGGGAACUCCGAUUUUUUUCUUUCAUUAGUACACCAACUCUUUCUUUGCUACUCACAUUCAUUUGUCUAACACUGAUCAGUCAUUUUUCUUUGUCAAAGAGAAUCUCAGUAAAAAAGAAGGAAGGGACAAAAAGAAGAAAGGAAGUAGAAAGAAAAAAAUAAGAAUGUCAAACUAAUUGACUGGGACAUGAGUCAUCUUACUUAUAGAAGAUGAAGAAAUCCAUUCAAAUUGGACAUGGAGUUCCAGUGAGGAAUCUGUCCCCUUUCUAUUCUGUCUCUAUUGUCUGUUAUCUAUUCUGUUCCUAUAUGCAGCUUUUAGAAUGGUGGUAAAAUCACCAACUAUUGUGGCUUUUGAAAGGACCUUCACUAAUUAUCUCUUGAUUCAUGCUCUUUAAAGAGCAAAAGGAACUGAGAAUUCACGUAUAAUUUACCUGGGAAAUUACCUUUCUGUCCCUCCUCUACUAACCUCUUAUUCCCCAAGGACAUUUUUUCCUAUGUGGUGGAGAUUAUUCAACAUUUAAAUCCCUUGAUUAUUUGAGGAAGUCAGUGGCCCUUUGGAUUUAUUUAUGAGAGAGUAGUAAUUAGAAACUACUUCUAGUUUGUUCUAGUGUAGCUCUAUCAGUUAAGUAAAACCUGUUCUGUUUGUUUGUUGACCAUGCAAUGUCAGUUAUGAAUAUUUUCAAAAUUGCCAUAAGACCAUUCAGAGAAUACUUUUAUCCAUAAUUUCAUCUCCCAAGGAACUCCACAGCCUGACUUGCCAUAUCUUGCUUGGAACAUGUACAGAGAGAAAGGAGCCUCUGUGCCCAAAGGCAGCAGUCCUUUAGCCCUGCAACAGUUGAAGAUGCCAUAAUAUCACAGCUCCACAUGGUUAGACUCAGGAAGAAACUGUGUGUUAGACCAUCUGUACCAACCUUUCCUUUUGGCCUUGGUUUUUAGCAUAAAGAUGGGCCAUAGACUUCUACAUCUAAAGAUAAGCCAAACUCUGGACAUAUAUCAAGAUGCUAACAAGAAAGAACACAAAUAAAGGAUUAAACAGCAUUUUCAAGUGCUGUCAGCCAGGGGCGUGAACAUAAUGUCAAGGGUUAGUGCUUUGGGUUGAAAGGAAAAAGGCAUUGCGUUGGAUUCUAAUGGACUGGGAAGAAUGUAGAGGAAUAAUGCUUGAUGGGCUUUGGCAGUAUUUCUAUGACAUAAACGACUGGAGAAAUGUGGAGUGUGAGGGUUUUCCAGGGAAAGGAGGCUUCAUGGGCCAUGACUAUUGCUAGGAAUGUAAUUUCAAUAUGUAGACCACUGUGUUUAUGGUGACAAGUGCAUGUAGAGGAGCAGAGGGAAACUAAGAUGAAACCUCAGAGAAGGAGCUGCAAAGUAAAUUGUCUUAAGGGUCAAGCUAAAAGGUUGAGGCUUGAUUUAGAAAGUCAUAGAAAGUCAUUAGAUGUUUUUAAACAGAGUGAUAAACACCGAUAUCUAUGCAUUUUCAGGUUGAAAGUUUGGGGAUGUAACUUCUUCCUGGAGGUCAUUAGGAGAGCUGAACAUUUUCUUCAAGAGCAUGGAGUUCUCAAGGGUGCACACUCCAAGUCAAAAACUCAGCCUGUGAAGCACCUACUUUGCUCAAAGAACUCUUAUAGGUCCUAAGAGUAGGUGAAGCUUACUUAGUUGGAGUUGUAGGGGCUGGUUUGUGGGCUGGGUGAUGGGGCAAUGGCUGUGGUUCUGGAAAAUGUUCUUUGUGAUAGGAACACUUAAUCUGGACCUCAAGGGGAGAAUCCUAUGGAGGAAUAGGAAAGAAUGUGGGCAGCUACCAGAGAAUGCAGGCAGCUGAGAACUAUUGAAUUUAUUCAAAGUGGAAUAAGCUGAGGGCUAUCCAUAAGAGAAGGCCUUCUGGGCAAAAGGAGUUGGGAGAGUGGAGCUGUGGAGAGGACUGUAGCAAGCCCUGAGGAUUUGGAAGUCAGACUCACAGAGGUAGGUGAACAGUGGGGGUAUGGUGAGUUCUGUGAAGGGGGAAGGAUAGGUGUGGACGGUUUUUUGAAGGCCAAAGAGCUUUGGAGUUACAAAUGUGUUUUUAAGGACUCAAAGCAACAAAAUAAGUAGAUCCUCCUGGGAAAGGAGAUCUAGGGUACUCCAGAAACAGGAAAAUGGGAACCAGAGAGGGAAGUUUUACAAAAGAGAGGAUGGAUUCUCUCUUGAGGUUGGAAAUGAAGGGUCUUGCAGAUGGUGGUUCAGAAGUAAAAGGACUCUCCCAAAGAAGGUAGGGACUCAGCUUGUUUGUCUUUAUCCCCAGAGCCCAUCAGGAGCCUGGCUCUGUGGGCAGUUGGUUGGUCGUUCUGUGUUACUCUGGAUGCCGCGGGCGGUGGAGGUGGGACAGAAAGUCUAGGUCACUUGAACUCUUCCUGGAGAAAAGCUCAAAAGAAAGGGACUUUGAGGUGCGUCUUGAACCUCCCUGUUCCUGUCACUCCAUUGUUCCUUACGUCCGCACUGGCAGCUUUGGUUUCAGCAUUCUUAAAAACAAGUGCAUUAACCACUUUGCUUUGGUGGCUUUUCUGGACGGUAGCAUGAGGAGAGAGGGUUGCUUGGCUCCGUGAAAAACAACCUUAAUUUCUAGGUAGAUUUUAUUUAUUUAUUUAUUUAUUUAUUUAUGUAUUUAUUUAUUUUUGGCUGCCAGAUCCUUAGCCCGCUGCAUCACACAGGAACUUCCUCUAGGUAGAUUUUAAAUUUAAAAAGGCUUCCUUUGCUCUGUUUUCUUCCCUUGAGAACUUCUGUGUUUCUUUGCCUCCACCUUGCUAUUCAGCAGAACAGGGAUGGAAGUGACACAAGAGCUUUCCAGUGUGCCUGCCUUAGGCAGCAUGCCUGGCCCCGCUGUUCAGAAUCUUAGAUGGAAAUGUACACACAGCAUUGCUGCACGUCUGCCAGGGCAGACCAGAGCGUCCCUCACGUGGGACUCAGGGUCAGUGUGAGAAAGCAGCCAGCAGGGAGGGAAGCCCUGACAACAAGGGUGACAGAGCCCCACUCCCACACUAAACCAGAGCCCCCACUGCCCUAGAGGGGCCUGCUCCGCUCCUUCCCCUCCCUUCCUUCCGCUGAGUACAGCCUGACACACAAUCGACUAGAACUGCAACUUUUCAAACAUAAACCAAGGUCUGCCUGGAAAUCCUAAUUAAAAAAUGUUCCAUUCCCAGGUGGCAUGGUUACAUCCUGCCUAAAACUUCUGGCCCCCAUCCCACCACUUAGAUGCUGAAAAGAAAUCUUCCCCCACUUAACACCAAAACCUGCACUCAACAUUUCUUCAGGGGACAAAGAAAAAAAAAGCAUGCUCACACAGAGGUCAGCCUAUGGGUUCAUUAAGGAAAAAGAGCGUGGCUUAUUCAUCUGUCUUUCAAAUGUUUGAUUGUUGGCAUUAUGAUUAUGAUUAAUAACUAUGACCUAACCGGAUUGGAGGAGAGACUAAAUGCUGGUGCUUUGAAAUGAUCUACUCAACUCUGUCAUCUGUAACAACCAGUGAUAACUCUCUUGUCUUGUAAAAAGGGUUUGUACAUAACUUGUACAUGGUUUCAUUUUGUAUUUUUCGCAGAUUAAAAAUUUAUGUAUUUGUGUUCUAAAA